AGUGAAGAAACGAGAAAGGGGUUUUUGAUGUUUCAAAAGCCAACACUAGAUGAUGCUAGAUACACCUUUGAAUUUAUUAAAGAUGUUGUAGCCAGUUUUAAAAACAAUAGCGAAAAAUUUUAUGCCUCUUUUUACAAAUGUGUUUCCGAGAAUAUUGUUUUCAAAAACUUAUCAAAAAGAGCAUCAGUUAUCCUAGGAUUUGAGUUAGCGAACUAUGUACUUGCCCACCUAACAGGUUCAGUUGUUAAUGGUGAUAUUGCAAAUGUAUCUCCAGGUACAAAUUUUUCACCAAAGGAAAAGCAAAUUAUUAAAUAUCUUGCAGGAUAUGUUUUUGGAACACUUUACAGACGUAUACGUAGAUCGAAACAAAGUCGUAGUAUCUUGAAUCUGCAAAGCAUACAUCUACUUAUUGCUGGUAAAUCAACUGACCAGGAACACUAUACCGAAAUCAAUACACUAGUUCGCAUUAAAGACCGAGGCGGCUUAUGGACAGUAACAUCAGAAGUUUUUGAAAUUUUUUCCAUAGUUGAAUCCCAUUUCCGCCAAGAGUUUAGCACCACGCAUAGAAGUAUUGACAGUAAAAAAAUGGUAUCAUAUCUCAUGAAUAAUGCAAGAAUUUUAUGCAAUUACAACAAAUUAAAAAAUGCUUCAACUGAAGAAGUUAGUAAAGAGAUAGCUUUGAAUUUACUGGAACAUCUUUUUAUGUUGUAUAUUCGUGUUCGUGUAUAUUCACUUGUGAAGGAUAAAUGUCAACGGCACAAUGUUAAAUCAAAGGCUAAAAAAUCACGAUCGUUGCGAACUGAAGUAAAAAAGCAUCUGAAGUAAAAAAAGCAUCAAGCACUUUGAAUCAUGGACAUUAGUCUUGAACAACAGACUAUAAACUUGUUAAAACAGCUAUUUUUAUAGCUACAAACUUAUAAAAAACAUUAUUUUGGAAAGAACGAGAAGUACACGGAAAUAUUCAACCUUUAAAAGUGCAGUAUGUUCAAUGCAACUACCAGAAAAUGAUCUUGGCAAACCAGGACAAACAAAGAAACCCGAAA